AUGGUCGCCCGCUUGGUUUGCUUUGUCGCUGGAGUGCUCGCCCUGAGCAGCGGUCUUGCCAGCGCCCAUGGCUCCCAUUCCAAUGACCAGCCUCAAUCUGAUGACUGGGCCACGAGACACAUGAUGGAGGAACACCACAUCGAGGGCUUCGAUGCACCCUCAUUUUUCACGCUUCACGAUUACGACUCCUCGGGCGCAUGGACGACAGACGAAGUGCGCAAGACAUACGGUCUUGAUGAUGAAUCCAAUAAAGACGUGAGCGAGUCGCGCAAGGAAGCUGCUGUGCGCACAGUCUUCGACCUUUAUGAUCCGGGCAACACGGGCUCUAUUACUCGCGAUGCCUGGUUGCAGGCGUUCGCUGCAGGCAAGCGAUUGCCCGACCUCGGCUUCGGACCUGGACACCACGGCGAUAUGGAGUAUGAGUACGAGAUUCACCACUUCGAAAAAUACCACGGCGACGAUACCAAGGAGGAGGACCUGAACCACCCCGAGGACAUUGAGCACUUCCGGCGACACGAUGAGGAGGAGCUUGCUCAGAUUCGACUGGAGAAACUGGAGCGAAUGGAAGUUGUCGAGGCCAACGUCCCCUCCAAGUUCCGUCGUAACUUCUAG